AGAAUGAAGAACACGAAAGCGAUCACCAAGGCGGAUCAGUACCGUUUCAAGAUGUCGGACGAGCUGCUACUGAUCGCGAAAGAGGAACUCCGAGAAACGCAAGCCACUCGCGACCAUGCGCUGCAGAUGUUGCGCGAGUGGGCCGAGAAAAAUCCACGCAUCGUUAAGAUUCGGAUGGACGCCAACUUUUUCCUAAAGUUUCUGCGCGCCAAAAAGUUCCAGAUUCCAGUCGUGCAGGAAAACAUCGAGCGGUAUGUGCUGCUGAAGAAUGCGUUCGAGGGUGCGUUUAAAAAUCUCGACUGCCGGCUGCCCAAGAUGGCGAAGCUGAUCGAUGAUGGGUACAUGUUUGCAUUGCCCGAGCGUGACCGAGAAGGGCGUCGGGUGAUCUUCUACCGGCCGGGUGUGUUUGAUCUUCGUGAGUACACCAACGCGGAUAUGCUGAAGAUCCAUGGCAUCUGCUAUGAAACGCUGAUGGCGAACGAAGAAAAUCAGAUUCGUGGCUUUGUGCAUGCGGGCGUCGGUACCGGAAUUGGGCUUCCGUAUCUGACACUGUUCACGAUCAAGGAAGCGGUAAGGAUCGCGAAGAAUGGAGAAAAGAUCCUGCCGAUGCGACACCGAGAGAUGUACGGGUGUAACAUUAACCCGGCGAUGAAGAUGGCGGUCGAUUUUGGGAUGUCGUUGAUUUCGCAAAAGCUGCGCGAUCGCAUCCGGCUGUACACGGACAUAAAGGACAUCGAGCUGGAAAAGCGUCUGCUGCCGAAGGAAUACGGUGGUGAGAUGCCGAUGGCGGAGAUGAUCCGACUGUGGAAGCAGGAACUCGAGGCGUACCGUGCUCAGCUGCUGGCGGACGACGAGAUGGCAGUUAAUCUGAGCAUGUACUCGGACGCGGCGAAGGAAGGUUCGGUCGGUGCGUUGAAGCAGCCGCUGAAUGGGUGCACCGGAGCGAACGAUAACUCGACGUACGGGUUGGCCGGCAGUUUCCGAAAGCUGGAAGUCGAUUGA